GGGUGGCAACUGCAUUUCGUAGUUUGGCGCAAAACAUGGAAACACGCUUGGACAUUCGACUGGAGGAACCAAAUCCGCUGUUCAAACGUUGGCUGCAACGUUGGCUCGACGAGGCCGAGCAACGUAAUCGCAAAUCGCAGCACAGGCUGCGACAGGCACUGCAAGCGUUACACAAUUAUCCGCUGCCAUUGUAUAGCGGCCGCGAAUGUGCCGUGCUGCGCGGAUUUGGCGCCACGCUCUGCCAGCUGAUCGAUGAUGAACUACGUCAACACACGCAUCUGGCUGGUCAGACAACAGCUGUGGAUAGCGUGCAAUAUCAGGAACAGGUGCAGCAGGUGGUCAAAGUCGUGCAAAAACAGCAACGGCAGCAGCAGCAGCAUCUAAAACAGCAGCCGAGGCGCAAAAAGAUAACAAAGAAGGCACAACAGGAACAGGCAGCAGUCGAGGAACGGGAGCGCGCUGUGGGCAUGCCAGCGGGCAGUUAUCGGAUUGUGUUGCUCGUGGAUACGCAAGAGACGAGUGGUAAGAAUAAACGCGUCUUGGAUCAGACGCAUCACUAUCUGCAAUCUUUGGCCGUAGAGCACCAAGUGCGACGGCUGACAGUCGGUGACUUUGUGUGGAUAGCGUGCGAUGCAGCUGGCAAUGAGCUGGUCUUGCCGUACAUUGUGGAGCGCAAGCGUAUGGAUGAUUUGGCCAGCAGCAUACGCGAUGGCCGCUUCCACGAACAGAAACAUCGGUUGAGUCAGUGCGGACUGCCGCAUAUUAUCUAUCUGAUCGAGGAUUAUGGCGACAACGAGCAGCUGGGUCUGCCGCUCGACUCGUUGCAGCAGGCGCUGGUCAAUGCACGUAUCCAGUCCGCUGGCAUUCAGGUGGUGCGCAGUGAUAAUCACUAUCGCUCCAUGUGCUAUCUGAGUGGAGUAAGUGGCGCACUGCAGCAGCUCUAUGUGCAGGCCAAUGUGUCGCUGCACAGUGUCAGUGACAAGAGCCAGUUGAAGGGACAGGCACAGACAGAGGCCAGCCGCUGCCCAUCUGUUGGUCUACUCAAGUUUCGGGCUCUGUACGAGGAUUCCGCACGCAAUGCCCAAUUGACGGUGCGCGAGGUAUUUGUCCAGCAGCUGUUGCAGCUGCACUCGCUAUCCCUUGACCGGGCGCUGGCCAUUGUGGAGCGAUAUGGAACGCCUCGGUUGCUGCUCGAUGCGUAUGCCGAUUGCAAGGAUGUGACCGAGGCGAGUCUGCUACUGGCCACAUUGAGCUGUGGGCCACUGCAGCGGCCGUUGGGCGAUAAGCUGAGCCAGUGCAUCCAUCAGUUUUAUACCAGUGAAUUUCAAUAGUUAGUUAGUCUCACGCAUUAGGUUUAAUAAUUGUAUUAGUAGGUAUUAGUUAAUUGGACAUAUCUAAAGUAUAUACACAUAUUUAUACAUUUAUAUUAAUUAUGAUUUGGACUAGUUUCAUUCAUUGAGGGAGCAAAAAAGAACAAACAAAUUAU